GGGAGACGAGAUGGCCAGAUCAUCCCCUCCGAGACCCCUCCAAGGUGCGUGACGACCGUCUGAUAGUGUAUAGCACCGCAAUGCUCGCGAUAGUUUAGUCGACCAAAAGUCAUUUUCCACCUCUCUCCCGUCGCAAAGGCCUGGGCUGCGGCCAUGUCACUUGCCAUCACCAGCAUGGGAGGGCUGGGUCGGCUUCAACCCACCUCAGGUCGCGCCGGGCUCUUCCUCUUUGCCCUGUCUGCAUCCUCUCUAGUCGCCCCCGCGCACGCUUCACGAACCGCCGGCUUCCACUCGCUCCGCGCCCCAACAUGUCCACUGCACAGAGACACUUCGCCGGCGCCGCUAGGCCUCCGAUCCUUCCACGCGACCUCGCACAGUGCGAGCACCACGCCGCACUUCUCGUACCAUGUCGCCGCCUCGUACUCCGCCAAGCAGGAUCGCUUCAACGCAGACGCCAAUCUGUUCACGCGGCCGCUGUACGACCCCGCCAAGAGCAAGACGACCGAUCUGAAGACAUGCAAGCAAUCUAUAGACCAGCGAAAGCGAGUACGAAGCGGGCAGGACGCCCUGUUUUUCAGCCAGGUCGGGAACACAGAGGCCACGACAUUCGGCGUCGCAGAUGGCGUAGGGGGGUGGGUCGAGUCUGGCUUGGACCCCGCCGACUUCUCCCACGGCCUCUGCGAGUACAUGGCUUGUUUUGCGCGAUCGUGGCCGCACGGAUCCAAUGCAACGUCGUUACACCCGAGAGACCUGCUUCAGGUAGCGUACGACCAGGUCACCGAUGACGAGACCAUCGAAGGCGGGGGCAGCACGGCAUGUUUGGCUGUAGCCGAGCCCGAUGGGAACGUCGAGGUAGCCAAUCUGGGCGACUCGGGAUUCAUGCAUCUGGGCUUGAACGCCGUACGACAUUUCACGCAGCCCCAGACGCACGCCUUCAACACGCCCUACCAGCUCUCCAAAACACCCCAACGCAUGCUCGUUCAGAUGGCUAUAUUUGGAGGCUCCGCCAGCCUUUCCGACAUGCCCAAGGAGUCCAGUGUAACGCACCACCGAGUGCGCCAUGGUGACGUCCUUGUCUUUGCAACCGACGGCGUGUGGGAUAAUCUGAGUCCACAAGACGCGCUCGGCAUCGUAAGUCGACAGAUGGUGGAUCUUGGUGCGUGGGUGGAGAAGGACGGCACGAUCGAAGUCGGUCAGGAUCUGGCAAAGCUCGUACAGUCUGGUUCAGGUCGCAGGGCCGACAGCUCGUCUCUCCAAGCCAAGGUCGCCACUGCCAUCGCAAAGCAGGCCAAGGUCACGGGGCUUAAUACUCGCCGCGAUGGACCGUUUGCCAGAGAGGUGCAGAAGCACUACCCUGGAGAGAACUGGCAUGGCGGCAAGCCAGACGACAUUGCCGCUGUGGUUGCUAUCGUGCUUGAGGGGUCAGCUUAGGGGCGCUGUCCGUGACGGGUUGUUUGGCUGCAUGGACGGGGCGUUUGGAGAGGGAUAUUUCUGCAGAUCGGACGGCGUACUUGCAUAGACGUGGUGAUCGAACGCUUGGUUAGAAGUUUUCGCAUAUCCUGAUCUUACUGCCCUAUGAAUGGACAUUUUUGGGGCUUUAGUUGGUAGAAUUUGAAGAUACGUUAUGCAUUUAUGAUAUCAAUAUUCAGACAGCAAUUAACGCAUUCAUAUUUCC